AUGUCUACCUCAGGACCCAUGGUAGGGUCGGACGAGGAACUAUUCUUUGACAAGGAUGGCCACCUCGAUUUUUCACCAAAUGACCCUGAAAACCCAAAAAACUACCCGUUCGUACGGAAGUGCUAUAUCACCACCGUCGCUAUCUCCCUCGUUAUGAAUGCCACUUUCUCCUCCUCUGCACCAUCCGGAGCUUUUCGGGGUAUUAGCAAUGACCUCCAUGUCUCUACCGAGGCUGCUGGACUCGUUACAACCCUCUUCCUCCUUGGCUACUGCGCCGGUCCGCUAUUUUGGGCGCCUUUAUCCGAGUUCUACGGCCGUCGCUGGAUCUUCUACAUCUCAUUCACCAUUUACUUUGCCUUUGCCUUUGGGUUUCUCUGGGCUUCUACGCCUAAUUUUGCCGGGCUCUUGGUCGGCCGUUUCCUGACUGGCACAGCCGUCAGUGCCGCCCUAACGAAUGCACCCGGGAUCCUCGCGGACAUAUGGGGACCCGUCGUGCGUGGCAACGCCAUGAUCCUAUUUGCGACGAUGACAUUUGUAGGACCUGCUCUUGAGCCAGUAGUCAGUGGAUUCAUUCAACUGAAGGAGACAUGGCGUUGGACCUUCUAUGUCCUACUCUAA